CUCCUUUCAGUGACCGGGCUACGCAGAGCCACAAAGCUUGCUGUCUGCACCUAGCCUGGUCAGAGUGAAGAUGGUCGGCGGUCCGUGCGCUCGCAGGCUGGCUCGCCGUUCACGGUCCGCAUUGAUAGCGGCGCUCACCGUAUUGCUUGUGCAAACGCUGAUCGUUUGGAACUUCAGCAGCUUAGACUCGGGCGAAGACCGAGAGAACGGCGGCUCCAACAGCCGUGAAAAGCGGGACGGGGUCGGGAGCAGCAGAAACUAUAACCUAGCCGGCAGUGAGUACCGCGGGGAUAAGCAACACCACCACCAGGCUCCGCUAAGAAAGGGACCUGCUCUGCACAAGCAGCAGCCGGAUGGCUAUUACUCUCACCGGCCUAAGGAGAAAGUGCGAGUGGACAGCAACAACGAAAACUCGGUGCCCAAGGAUUUUGAGACCAUCGAUAACAGCAACUUCGAAGCGCGCUCCCAGCCACAGAAGCAGGCACUUAGCAAGCACAAGGAGCGGCUUCAAGAGAAAACACAGGCGGAGGAGCGCUGGAAAGAGAACGCCCUGAUCCUGGGUAGGAACUCCAAUGAGGUAAUCCAGUAUGGGGAGACCAAAGCGGCAGUGAUCCUGCCGGAUCGGAACCACAGCAAGACCAACCCCGGGGUUCAGACGAGCCACAGGACAGCCAAGCUGCAGCCGAGCCCCAGUCACAUCUCUCGCCCGCAUCACCAGCAGCUGCGGCAGCAUCAAGGCAAGAAGGGAGCGGACAGAGCCGACGCCUCGCCCCAAAUCAAAUACGACCAGCCGCCCAAGUGCGAGAUCAGCGGCAAGGAAGCCAUCUCCGCCCUGUCCCGUGCCAAGACCAAGGAGUGUCGCCAGCGCAUCGCAGAGGUUUACUGCCAGCACAAAGAGAGGCUGCUCAUGCCCGAGAAAGUCACCCGCUUCUGUCCUUUAGAAGGUAAGGCGAAUGUGAACCUGCAGUGGGAUGAGGAAUCCGUGGAGCCCCUGCCCCCAAACCCAGUGAGGAUCGCCUUUGUCCUGGUGGUGCACGGCCGGGCCUCCCGCCAGCUGCAGAGGUUGUUCAAGGCCAUCUACCACGCUGACCACUACUAUUACAUCCACGUGGACCAGCGCUCAAACUAUCUCCACAGACAGGUAGUGGCGAUGGCCAGUCACUACCCCAACGUGCGGGUCACUCCCUGGCGCAAGUCCACCAUCUGGGGAGGAGCCAGUCUGCUGACCAUGUACCUACAGAGCAUGAAGGACCUGCUGGACAUGAGCGACUGGAGCUGGGACUUCUUCAUCAACCUGAGUGCGGCCGACUACCCCAUCAGGACAAAUGAUCAGCUAGUGACCUUCCUUUCCAAGUAUAGGGACAUGAAUUUCCUCAAGUCACAUGGCAGAGACAAUGCUAGGUUUAUCCGGAAGCAGGGGCUGGAUCGUCUCUUCUUCGAGUGUGACACCCACAUGUGGCGACUCGGGGACCGCAAGAUUCCGGAGGGCAUCACCGUAGACGGCGGCUCUGACUGGUUCCUGCUCAACAGGAAGUUUGUGAACUACGUCAUCAACUCCCAGGAUGACCUGGUGACCAACAUGAAGCGCUUCUACUCCUACACUCUGCUCCCCGCCGAGUCCUUCUUCCACACGGUGCUGGAGAACAGUCCUCACUGUGAGAGCAUGGUGGACAACAACCUGCGCAUCACCAACUGGAACCGCAAGCUGGGUUGCAAGUGCCAGUAUAAGCACAUCGUGGACUGGUGCGGCUGCUCUCCCAACGACUUCAAACCUGCAGACUUCCAUCGCUUCCAGCAGACUGCUCGGCCCACGUUCUUCGCCCGGAAGUUCGAGGCGAGUGUGAACCAGGAGAUCGUGAAUCAGCUGGAUGGGUUCCUGUUCGGCAGCCUGCCCUCCAACACCCCAGGCCUCAAGGCAUACUGGGAGAAUGUCUUUGACGAGCCUGACGGGGCCCACAGCCUCUCCGACACCAAGCUCACCUACUACCACGCCUUUGCACGCAUGGGGCUGCAGAGAGCCGCCAACUCCAUGCAGGGUGACCCCAAUGACAGCAGCUGCAGGUAUUUCCCGAUGGGACACCCCGUGUCAGUCCACCUGUACUUCCUGUCAGACCGUUUCCAAGGUUACCUAGUGAGGCACCGCUCCACCAACCUGGUGACCAGCAAACUGGAGACGCUGGAGACCUGGGUGAUGCCCAAGAAAGUGUUCAAGAUCGCUAAUCCACCUAGCAACUUUGGGAGGCUGCAGUUUGUUGAGAUUGGCACGGAGUGGGAUGCCAAAGAGCGUAUUUUCCGGAAUUUCGGGGGGCUGACUGGCCCAGCGGACGAGCCUGUGGGGAUGCAGAAGUGGGGGAAGGGGGCCAACGUGACUGUGACGGUGGUCUGGGUGGAUCCCACCAACGUGAUCGCAGCCACCUACGACAUCUUGAUUGAGGCGAACGCAGAGUUCACGCACUACCGGCCACCUCUCAACCUGCCACUGCGGCCCGGCACCUGGACUGUCAAGGUGCUUCACCACUGGAGCCCGGUCGCGGAGACGCGAUUCCUCGUCGCCCCGCUCGCCUUCUACAACCACCAGCCCAUCAGACAAGAUGAUGCUUUGAGGCUGCACAACGGACCAGCCAAGAACAGCUACAUGGAGCAGAGCUUCCACGGGCUCAACCCGGUGCUGAACAUCCCAGUGCACCUGGGGCAGGUGGAGGCUGCCAAGCACAAUGCAGGGCUGACCGGCAAAGAGCUGGAGCGCUGGGUGGACGAGCUGGUGGGGGCACACUGGUCUGCAGUGGACGUGUGCUCUGUGGGGCCCAGCGGCUGUCCGGUCAUGCAGGCCUGCAGCCAGACCGUAUGGAGCGCGCUCAGCCCCGACCCCAAAGCUGAGCUUGGGCCAAUCAGAGCAGAUGGUCACCUCAGGUAGCGCCAACUGCUGGACGGGAGGCUCAACUGCUAUUCAUUUUUUUAUUGCAACCGUUUUUAUAUAAGUGUAACUGCUUCUUAAACAACAAAAAGGGAAAAAAGGGAAGGCUGCUCAUAUUAUAUAUAAUCAUUAUAUUAUAUAUUAGUAAUGGUAUUGCAAUUCCUUCAGUCAGGCAGCUUUUUAUUUUGCAGUGGAAGGUAAGGUCUAGACUGUGAUUUAAAAGGCAAACUAUUUUGAGCCAUUUAGCCGUACUACCUUCACCUUAUUAUUUUAAGUGUCUCAAUCCUAAAUUUGAAGCCAUUCCAGUUGUGCUACUGUGGCUUUGUUUCAAAACAUUUGUCCACAUUUCUAUUUCGUAGUACUGGUAGCAACAUUGUAGUCAUCCUGACCCAAGGGGAUACUCAGUAAGUGAUACUUCCUGUGGCGUACUGCUGCCAGUCACCAUAUUCACACAGUGCCAUCACAACACGGACACAGUGGGUGCCACUUUGCCUGUGCAAACAUUGCCUUUCUGUUAGUUUUGUUGUAAUCAUUCCUACUUUUUUUUUCUUUUUUUAACAAAAGAAAAUAAUCUUCAGGUAAACGGCACAAUUGAGGUAAAAAAAUAAUAUGAUGAGAAAAUAAAACAAAUCUUGCUAUGAAUUAUUUUGCUUAAACUCAAGCCAUUGAUCUCGAAUCCCAAUGUAUUUCUGUGUUUAAAACAUGUGGAGAAUGCAGAAAGCAGCAGCUUAUUUUAAGUUGUUCAUGGCUGGCAACAAGGCAACCUAUAACUGUACCAUUAUUUCAACAUGUUGACGUCAAUGUGGUUGGGAACAUGACAUUGGCUUUAAUGAAGUGUAGCAGCCUUCCCAAAAUGUACUGUACAGUUCAAUCCUUCCUUUUUAUAGUAAAAAUAAUAGUAAACAUAAAAAAAUGAAACUCGGCACAUCUGGAAGCUGAACAGUGCAACUGCAGAUGUUACAGCUGGGUUUCUUUUUUUUAUGUUUUUAAGCUUUUUUGUUUGUUUGUUUGUUUCUUGGAUACUGCAGGCUGCCUGAAACUUGAAAUAUGGGAUGUCACCUGCGCCGGCAUUCCGGGAGAAAAUAUCAUAUAUUUUUUUUUUUUUUUAAUUUAUUUUUUGGCACAACUUAGGGGGAAACAAACGGAAACAGAGAGAGAAAGAAGAGAGAGUAAAGUUUUAGCUAUUUAUAUAUAUUUUUAGUCAAUGACUAAUGAAUACAUGCUGCAUUUGCAGCUUGCUGAAUAUUUUCUCUUUUACUAACAACCUGCCUUUAUUUAAAAAGGCCUUCGCCCCAAUUUACCACAUUCCAUAUCCUCCCAGUCUGUGUGUGGACUGGCUAUGGUUUUGAGACACUGUGUCA